AUGCAGCAUGUCUCAGCACCGUACGGAUAUCCCACUCCCCCAGCGUCGCCGGCGUCAUUCGACCAGAAGUGUCCGAUAAAUCAAGCCAUCCCGGCACCUCGACACAUCCCUCUUGCUCCUGAGGAGAGACUAGGGAGGUUUCUAGCAGGCUCGCUCCAGUUGACGGGUAUCCUUGGGACUGGCGCAUACGGCGUAGUGUACUCCGCCGUCGACAUCAAGACCAACAUCCAGUAUGCCGUUAAGACACUCAGCAAAUUCAACCCAGAUGGGACUCCGUUAGACCGUCGACAGCUUGCCUUUCAAACCAGGGAAAUCCGUUUGCAUUACAUGGCCUCGGCCCACCCCAAUGUUGUGUCCAUGCUCAAGAUUAUCGACGACCCGGACUGCAUUUAUGUCAUAUUGGAGUAUUGCCCAGAGGGUGAUUUGUUCUACAAUAUCACUGAAUGUGGCCAGUAUGUGGGUAAGGAUGAUCUCGCCAAGAAGGUGUUUCUCCAGAUCCUGGAUGCCGUAGAACACUGCCACAACCUGGGAAUCUACCAUCGGGAUUUGAAACCAGAGAACAUUCUCGUCACGGACCACGGCGAGACUGUCAAGCUCGCAGACUUCGGCCUAGCCACGUCAUCUGAUAGAUCCGAGGAUUAUGGCUGCGGUUCAACAUUCUACAUGUCUCCAGGUAAGCUUCCGAAGGCCGUUCCGAGUCCACUGCCAGCCCAAACUGCCCCCAUGAUCAGCAACUAA